AUGGAGGCAGAUAUAAUUGCAGAUCUUCGACGCAAGCUCAAGGAGGCUGAAGAAGAGCGACUAAAAGCUGCACAAUAUGGUUUACAACUAGUGGAGAGCCAAAAUGAAUUGCAGGAACAAUUAGAUAAAUGUCGUAAUGAAAUGAUGACCAUAACUGAGAAUUAUGAGCAAGAAAAAUACACUCUUCAGAGAGAAGUUGAGCUCAAGAGUCGAAUGUUAGAAAGUUUGAGUUCUGAAUGUGAAGCUAUUAAACAAGAUCAAAAACUGCACCUGGAGAAAUUGGAAGAACAACAGAGCAGAACGCAUGGACAGGAAAUGAAUGAACUAAGAAAUAAGUUAGAGAAACUAAAAGCGGAGUUGGAUGAAGCUAGGCUUAGUGAAAAGCAGCUGAAGCACAAAGUAGAACAUCAGAAGGAACUUCUCUCUUGUAAAUCAGAGGAAAUGCGGGUAAUGUCUGAACGUGUGCAUGAAAGCAUGUCUUCAGAGGUGUUGGCUCUUCAAAUUGAACUGACGGAAAUGGAAAGUAUGAAGACCACCCUCAAAGAAGAAGUGAAUGAACUGCAGUACAGACUAGAACAACUAGAGCUUCUGAAUUCUAAUCUAAUGCGCCAGGUCGACCGGCUUACAGAAGAAAAAGAGGAGCGAGAGAAAGAAGCGGUUUCUUGUUACAAUGCCUUAGAGAAAGCUCGUGUAGCAAAUCAAGAUCUUCAAGUGCAAUUAGACCAAGCACUUCAGCAAGCCCUGGAUCCCAAUAGUAAAGGCAACUCUUUGUUUGCAGAGGUGGAAGAUCGAAGGGCAGCAAUGGAAAGAAGGUUUAUCAGCAUGAAAGUCAAGUAUCAGUCAUUAAUGAAGCAAAAUGCAUUUAAUAGAGAACAGAUGCAGAGAAUGAAGUUACAAAUUGCCACAUUGUUACAAAUGAAAGGCUCUCAAACUGAAUCUGAGCAGCAAGAACGGUUGUUUGCCAUGUUGGAGCAGAAGAAUGGUGAAAUUAAACAUCUCUUAAGUGAAAUUAGAAAUCUGGAGAAAUUUAAGAGUUUAUAUGAAAGUAUGGAAUCUAAGCCUUCAGACAACUCUAGUACUCUGAAAGAUACUACCUAUUACACGGAUUUACUUCAGAUAAAGCUUGACAACUCAAACAAAGAAAAUGAAAGCACUAAAGGGGAAUUGUCUAUACAACGAAUGAAUGCAUUAUUUGAGAGUCAGCGGGCUUUAGAUAUUGAGCGAAAACUUUUUGCCAAUGAAAGAUGCCUUCAGUUUUCCCAGAGUGAAAACAUGAAACUGAGAGCUAAAAUAGAUGAGUUAAAACUAAAGUAUGAACCUGAAGAGAAAAUUGAAGUGCCUGUACUCAAAAAGAGGCGUGAGGUACUGCCUGUGGAUAUAACCACCCCUAACAACGUAUGUUCUAACAGUGCUGUCGGGGAAGAAGUUUCUAGAUCACUAUCUCAGAAAGAGGAGGCGAAGUCCGGUACUAGCAACUUAGAAGUUAACAACUUGCAGUUAGAAAAGACAGUUUCUUUAAACAUAUCCGGAGUUACUCUCUCUCCUCACAAAAACCUGACCAUGAAUAUUCAGCCAACGAAGGAAAAGAAAUGUGUGAAACUUGUAGAAGUUCCAGCCAUAAGUGAAAGAAGUGGAAACUCCCCAGACUCUCACAGGUUAUCUCCUGAAUCAAAGCUUCAAACAGAAGUUAAAGAAGAAAAAGAAACCACAAGAAAAUUGGAAAAGAAAACUUGUAAGAAAUCACACCCUGUUUUAUAUGUGUCCUCUAAAUCAACUCCAGAGAAUCAGUGCGCUCAGCAGUAA